AUGAUCAAUUACUCCGUCGAACCAUUGAUUAAUGAUCUACCGUUAAAACUAAAUGAACAAAUAUCAUCGAUAUCAUCAUUUGAAAGAAAUGUGUACAUUGGCACUUCAAUAGGAAAUUUAUUUCAUUAUCAUUUAUUUGAUGAUGCAACCAGUUAUUUUUUAAUCACUCAUUUACCAAUUGGAUCAGAAGGUGUAAAAGAUAUUUCGUGUUUGGAGAAUAUUCAAAAACUUGUGUUAGUUAUUGAUGAUCAUAUUGAGACAUUUUCACUACCAGAACUUUCACCAUUUGCAACUAAUAAAUUAGAUAAUGUUAAAUCAAUACUGCCUUACAAAGAUGGAAAUUCAAUAAUUGCAAUUGAGUCAAAUAAGGUUUCGUUUUUACAUUUAGAAAACAACCAAUGGAUUGUAGUUAAGAAUAUUGACUAUACUGAUGCAGUGAAAGUCACUCCCCCAUUGAAAGAUUUAAUGCUACUAGCGAACAAGACAAAUUAUUCAGCAUUGGAUUUAACUACCAACAGCAUAACCACUUUAUUUGAAUACCAGUCGGACUUAAAGAUAUCUCCUUACCUAGUACCAUUCCAAUCAUCUGAUGAUCUCAGAGGAAAAGAAUGCUUAUUGACUAUUCUGUCUGACGAAAACACAUCAAUUGCAAUGUUUAUUAACUCAAAUGGUGAAGCUACUAGAGGAACUUUGUCUUGGAUAAAUCAGGGAUAUCCGAAAGGUGGCGUAGUGAUAAACUGGCCAUAUGUUUUUGCGGUUUUCGAUAACUCGUUAAUCGUUUCAUCAUUGGAAACUUUAGAAAAGACAUUAAAAAUAGAAUUAACUGAGCUUGAAAAGAAAUUGGAAAACAAUGAUUUAUCUAGCACAAUAUGUGAUUUCAAUAUCUCCAGAGUUAAUAUUUUAUAUGAAGAUAAACACUUGCAAGAAUUGAUUGGGAAUUUUAAAACACUCACUUCAAACAUAGUUUUGUUCAAUAAAGACAAAGUUUUCCUCUUAAAUGAGGAAAAUUCUAUUAUUUCAGCAAACAAUUUUUUCCACGAAUCUUUGGAAUCUAACGAAUUUGAUAAUAUAUUAAAUUUACAUGAUGAUUCAGAUUAUGUUCAUCUUUUAAAAACUCUCGUUGCAUUUUUAAAAGAGAUGGAUCCGGUGGAUUUUUUAUUGGCCAAAAAUGAAGAUGGAAGCCUCAAAAUCAAUCCCAACUUGUCCCUCAGAUUAUUGGGUGAAGAUGUCAUAUAUGAAGUUUUUCCAGGUUUACAGGAAACAUUAGAACAAUGGGACUACAAAGAUGAAGAAAUGGUUAAGAAAUAUCUUCAGUCAUUAGAGCCAAGUGAAAUGACUCCAGAAGCUAGAAAAUUGUACUAUAAAUUGUCAUCACCAAGUCAUAUCAAAAAUUUUAUAGAUAGGGAUAUUUGGAGCGAUUCAAAGAUUGACCACUCCAUAAUUAAUAUUCUAUUAGAGGACACAAACAAACAAUAUUUAGUCUCAAACAUAUAUAAGCUACUCCCGGAUAGAAAUAGCCCAGAUUAUCGCAAAUAUUUGUUGAAAUACAUGAACCACGAAUUAAUUGAUGAUGCAUUAGAAUUUCUACGGCACGCAAGUCUCGAAGAAAUUGAAUACAGCAAACUAUUAUUAAGUAUAAUUAAGCUAGAUAAAUCUAAAGGUUAUGAAUAUAUGAGACAAUCUAAACAAUAUCACGAGGUCAAUAGAAGAAUCUUGAAUAGUUUGUCGGAUGUUUCAAAGGAUGAAGAUUUUGCUUUAUUGCAAAUAGAAUUGUUAGAGACUUCAUUUUUGGAAGACGUCUCAUUGAAAGAUGAAUUACUUGAUCUCAUAAUGUCUACAUUGAAGUCAAUGUAUGAUGAGCUGGUAAGAGCCCAAAUAAACAAUACUCAUACGCAAUAUCAAACAUUAAACUCAUUGCAGCAUGAAGAAUGGCCAAAAAGGAAUUGGAUCAGCUUUUUGAGACUAUUGAAAAAUUCAGGUGAAUUCAUAGAAAAUAAAAAUUUUGAAUCAUUCAUCAAUUUAUAUCUCAAAUCUUUCGAAUUAGCUAUUUGCAGUGAGACAAAAAUUGAUUUAUUUGAAUAUCAUCACAUAUAUCGAAAUCAAAAUAUUUCAAAACUACUUGAAUUUGGAGAUUUCUCAACAGCUGAAAAUUUAGCUCUUGGCAAGCAUUUGGAGUUGAAAAUCUACAAGCAGCUUGAUCCUAAACCUAUCGAGUUUGAUAAAGACAAGCUUGAAAUAAUUUUUCAAUACUACUUGAAGAAAUUUGAACAAGAUGAGAGAGUGGAGUUUGCCAUUCAACAUUUCAUUGAUAGCUAUGGAAAACAUUUUUCCACAUCUGAAAUCCUAAAUUCAUUACCUGAUAAGUUACCAUUUAGCACGUAUUAA